CUUCAGGGACGUAAAAUGUCAACCUAAUUUCGCCAUAUAAAUAGAGUGAGUCUUGUUGACUUCGUGUUAUAUCGUCAAACGAAGGCAGAUCAAAGAUCUAGCAUCCUCUAAAUCCCCAAAUGGCUCAAUCAGCAAAACCGAUAUCAAGCCCUGUUCCGAUCGCUUAUUAUCCAUCGUUAGCCGUGCUUUUGCUCGCUGUUGGCCUCGUAAUCACCGCUUCGUUCUUCAUCUAUGAGGCAACUUCUUCUAGGAAAAACCGUAGUCUUGCUAAAGAGCUUGUAACAGGAGCAGUGGCAUCGGUCUUUUUGGGCUUUGGAUCGUUGUUCUUGCUCCUCGCUUCGGGUGUUUAUGUCUGAAUAAUCAACGAAAUUGAUAUGAGGAUGGAUUUUUGUAUUGCGACAUAGUUGUUUCUGGAACUUUAAUGAUUACAACUCUUAGAACUGGAUUAUAUGUUUUACGUCGACUUGCCUGCCAUCAGUUUAAAGAAAGUUAAAAAGAAAGCACUUAAUACU